AUGAUGCGUUUCAUACGCAGCUUACCCACACGUCUGAGUGCCUAUCAAAAAGAUCUCUAUAAUCGAUAUAUUCAUAAUAAAAUAACACGCGGUGAAAAUGAUGUAUAUGAACUUCUUGCUGCUAUGGAUGAGUAUGCCACUUUGUCGAAUGAAACUAAUCGUCAGGCAUUUGCAGAUCAUUGUUUGAAGAAAAUCACCGAUCAACUUGGAAAGCAAAAAGAAACAUUCGGACGUAAUUUGACUGCAUGGAUAGAUGAACAAAAUAAAGCAUUUGACAAGAAUGUUAUAUCAAGCUAUAGCUAUAUUACAGAGCAUCUUGCUGAUCAUCAAACACUUCACCAUCUUAUUUCUCAAUUUUCUGGUCCUUUGGCGAAAGUCGAAUGUCAAUUAUUGGCUGCCAUUGAACUAGUCGAACGAAAUGGUAACUGUCCAAUCCUAGACGAGCGAAUAGACAGUGGUGGUUUCUAUAGUGUACAUGCGGCUCAUUGGGGCACAGAAAAUAAUCUAGCUGUGAAAAAAUUACUUAAUCCAUCAGCCGAAAACGAACAGAUGGCUGCUCUAGAAGCACAUCACCAUCGAGCAGUUACACGCUGCUGUUCAAGCUUUAUCGUUCCAUUUCUCUAUUUAUAUGAGAACAAUAUCAACGAUAGCCAAAAAGAACUCUGGAUCAUAAUGCCAAGAUAUAGCAUGUCGUUGCGAACAUAUUUGAUGCGAAAUAUUCAUACAAUAUCAUUUGCCAAAGCCCUUUGUUUCGCACUGACCAUUGCCAAAGCACUCGAGGAAUUUCAUCGACUUGAUCUUGUUCAUCGAGAUCUUAAAUCCAGUAACAUUAUGCUUGAUCAUAAUGAUCAAUGUUAUAUUGCUGACUUUGGUACUAGCCGAUUUGGAUUAUCUAAUCAAACGUUUUUAGGUACAGCUCCACUACCGCCAGAAAUGGUUGCUGCACAUCUGCAAAAACCUAGUGAAUUUACCGUGUAUGAUGGAACUGCAGUUGAUGUCUUCUGUUUUGGACUUCUUCUACAUGAGAUAUUACCUAAAACUUGUUAUGAGCGGCUUGAUAUUAAUGCACUCUCGCAUAUAGAGGAAAUUCUUUUCCCAACGGCAGAAUCAGACCCAAUCAUAAAAGCUUAUAAGAUUCUCAUUCAAACAUGUCUUGAGCAAGAACCUGAAAAACGACCGACUUCAAAUAAACUAGUCUCGGAACUAAAGCGUAUUCAACAAAUGAGUGAACUUAAAUUAUGUAUGGUAUGCGAUGAACGAACUCGUGCAUUACGUUUCGCACCUUGCGGACAUAAAGUUAUGUGCACUCAAUGUUGGGAGGCAUGGUAUAAGAGAUUCAAUGGUAAUGCUCACUGCAUUCUCUGCAUGGCAAUUGUCACCACUUACAAUCAUGAUGACAGUAAUGCCACGUUUUAUCUGCAGCAGCAUGAGAAGAUACCUCCUGAAAGUUGA